GUGUGAUUGGAUAUAUUGACGGCUGUAAAGUCCCAAGGAUUACCGGACCACAGUCUGGUGUCUGCUUGCGUGAACAGGCUGCUAGCAAGUUCACUUUUAGAUUAAGGCACCAGAUGCGAACAGAGAUGGAAAGGUCGUCCUGUCGCAUUACACACGGCAUUGUAAGUGGAUAUACAAUGUGAUUACCGGUGUCAGUGAAUGUCAAGCAAGGCAACUGCAGUUGAAAGUGGUUGCCCUGGACGCAAGGAUGACGUCGAAGACACAACACGGCACAGGACAGUAUGUCGGCGAAAAUUAAAGAGACCGCUCAGCAGGAGCUGGACCGCGUCCGUCACGUAGCCGAGGAGGGAGCCAAGUCAGGCGCCUACCUCUACCCACUCAAGGGAAUGUACUUCUUCGCAACUCACAAGGACCUCUACCGACCUCUACUCUCCCGACUGGCGCCAACACUGACUCUCGGCCUCGGCGUAACAUCCUUCAUGUUCCUGUUCACUUACCUCCCCCAAGUCGCCGUCCUGGUCUUCACCUCCGGCCCGCUGGCCGCCCUCAGCACCAUCCUAUUAGUCCUAAGCGAAAGCAGCACCCUCACCAUGGUCUUGUCGAAAGCUCUACUCAUCGAGGAUGCCCUCGUUGACACGUUUGACGGCACGCUCGUAGCGAAGGGCCAGACCGCGUUGGUGGCGAAGGACCGUCAGAUCAAGUCCGGAGGCGCCAGUGAUGCCAUUGCAAGGCUUGGAAAGUUGAUGAGCAAGCCAUUCGCAAACUUCACACCGAGCGCAAUCGUCAAGUACUUCAUGUAUCUUCCCCUCAACUUUAUUCCUGUGAUCGGGACGGUGGCGUUCGUGGUGCUGCAAGGGAGGCGAUACGGUCCCGCCGCGCACGCCAGGUACUUUCAACUCAAGGGCAUGAGCACCACGCAGCGCGAGAAGUUCGUUGAGGAGAGGCAGGGCGCCUACACUAGCUUCGGCAUUGUGGCUACCUUACUCGAAAUCGUGCCUUUGGCUGGCAUCUUCUUCGCCUUCACCAACACGUGCGGUGCUGCCUUGUGGGCUGCUGACAUGGAGCACAAGGCAGGCACUGCGCCGGCGCUGAGGGAGCAAGCCAAGCAAGCGGAAUAAAUGUGGUGGCGUAUAUGAGAUUGCAGACUGCGUUUUCCAACGCUGGCUCAAUAAUUCGUCUGCAUAGCUGCGCCGAGUCUGUAAUGCUGUGCCUACUACGUACCGCACUGUAAGCACGGAUU